AUACAUAUAGUUGAUAGAGGACUUUCAUACAUAAUUGGCGCACACAUAUACUACACAUGAUUACUAUUAUUGACGACUUACAAGAACAGUGAUUUUAAAGUUAGAUAUUUAUCAUGGAUUAGGAGGGCAUUCAAAAAGAGAUACUUGAAUGAUACCUCGGCGGAAUCACACAACAAGCAAUUUAAACUCAAACUCAUACCUCUGCAAUUCAGUACCUAUCCUUUGUCUUCAACAGACCUUUCACUAGCAUCUAUAAAAUUAUAAACGGAUGCCUCAGAAUCCCCAACAGAAUGCCACACUAAUCUAAACCAAGGAACUCUAUGAACCUGGCUGGAAUGUCAUCAAUUGACAAUUAGUAGCUUUUAUUGAUUGAGGAGCCCCCGAACUGCCACAAAACAAAACUUUAUCUGCUCCCUCAGACAAAGUCAAUCCUUUAAUCUUAGCCACCGUGCCAGAAUAUCUCCUUCCAAAACUAGUUGGUAUCUGCCAUCCAGAUGGUCCCCACCCAGAACUUUUGUUUCAUGCCCACAGUUGGUGAUCUCAGCCUUAUAUUAUAGCCUAUGACGAAUUCCAUCUCCUGGUAGCCAAUAAUCAUAAAAAUGGGAGGUAUUAGCAUAGUGUUUGGACUAGUAUGUUUACCUAUUGGUACAAGGCAGUCGUACAAACUUUUAAAGAGGAAAAUGAAAAAGAAGCUUCAAAGGCAGUUCUUCAAACAAAAUGGAGGUUUAUUAGUGCAGCAACAACUGCCUACAACAGAGGUUUAUAAGUCCAAAGCAUUGGACAAAGUGAAAAUUAAAGAGUUCAUCGAUAAGGUGGUCAUUCUUGCACAAACUAAUUGCAGAAACAUUGUUAAGUUAUUAGGCUGUUGUUUGGAGACUGAAGUUCCUUUGCUAGUUUAUGAAUUCAUCCCCAAUGGAACACUUUUCCAAUACAUACAUGAUCAAAAUGGGGCCUUCCCAUUAACCUGGGAAAGACAAGUAACAAUCGCAGCAAAAGUUGCAGGUGCACUUUCCUACUUGCACUCAGCAGCCUCCAUUCCCAUUUAUCAUAGAGAUGUUAAGUCCUCACAUAUUCUAGUGGAUGGUGAGUACAUGGCGAAAGUUUCAAACUUUAGGAUAUCAAGAUCAAUUGCCAUUGAUCAAACUCAUUUGAUCACAAUUGUGAAGGCCACAUUUGGGUACCUAGAUCCGAAUAUUUCUGGAGCAAAGGAAGAGGAAGCAAGAAGUUUGGCCUCUCAUUUCAUUCUUUCCAUGGAUGAGAAUACUCUCUUUAAUAUUCUUGAUGCUCAAUUAAGGGACAGUUCUGCACAUGAAGAGAUAACAAAGGUUGCCAAACUUGCAUAUCGAUGCUUGAGCUUGAGUGGUAGAAAGUGGCCAAAGAUGAUAGAAGUUGCUGCAGAGUUAGAACAGAUUUGUCUUUCACAAAACUACUCAAAUGGUCAACAAAAUCAUGAAGAGGUUAGGUAUGUCAACACUGAAGUAGCCAAUCUUUGGGAUGGUGCCUCGACUUCAACAGGUUCAGGUUUGGACUCUGGAGUUGCUUUGUUGUUAGACAUGGAGUCAUGAAUUUCUAGUGAAUCAUGGGGACUUGAAUGAUUUAUCCUAGAUUACAUGUAUUCCAUGUUGGGGGAAGUAAUAAGUUCUUUCUUUUUUGUGUUUGAAAUUUUUUAGUUCAUUUAAUUUUUAUUUUUGUCACAUUGUGAUUCAAAGUUCAAAUAAAGUUGGCACAACUUG